AUGAAGCUCAAUUACAAGUUUUCGAACCUAUGUGGGACGGUGUACAAGAAGGGGAACCUGGUGUUCACUCCCGACGGAAACUCCGUCGUCAGUCCUGUUGGGAAUAGGGUGUCGGUGUUUGACCUCAUUGGCAACAAAUCGUAUACCCUCCCCUUCGAAAACCGGAAAGACAUCGUCCGCCUCGCCCUCUCCCCCAACGGCGCCCUCCUAAUAACCAUUGACGAAGACGGCAAAGCCCUCCUGAUCAACUUCCCCCGCAAAACCGUCCUGCACGACUUCAACUUCAAAACCCCCGUCCGCGACGUCCAGUUCAGCCCCAACGGCCGCUUCCUCGCCGUCACACACGACAAACACGUCCAGGUCUGGCGUACACCGGGGUUCACCCUUGAAUUCGCGCCGUUUGUGCUGCAUAAACGGUACCCGGGUCACUAUGACGACGUGGUGCAUCUCGCGUGGUCUGCCGAUUCCAGGUUCUUUAUCACUGGCAGUAAGGACAUGACUGCGCGGAUAUACCCCGUGGAUAUGGUCGAGGGGUUCACGGGCGCGGUGUUGACGGGACACAGGGAUACGGUGCUCGGCGCGUGGUUUUCGAAGGACAUGGAGACGGUGUACACCAUCGGCCGUGACGGGGCGCUGUUUGAGUGGAACAUGAAGGCGGAGAUGGAGGGUGGCGAUGAGGGUGGAGAUGCUGCGGCCAAGCCGAAUAAGAAGCGGAGAACGGAUGAGAUUACACGACCGAAGAUCAAGUCGUGGCGGACGACUGCGCGACAUUAUUUUAUGCAGAAUCAUGCGAAGGUGGUUAGCGCGGCGUUCCAUGCGGCGUCGAGUUUGUUGGUUGUGGGGUUUACGUCGGGGAUAUUUGGGAUUUGGGAGUUGCCGGAUUUUACGAAUAUUCAUACCCUGAGCAUUUCACAAAAGAAGAUUACAUCGGUAGCGAUCAACCCAACGGGGGAAUGGUUAGCAUUCGGCGCAUCGUCAUUAGGCCAACUGCUAGUCUGGGAAUGGCAGUCCGAGUCCUACGUCCUGAAACAGCAGGGCCACCACCACGACAUGAGCUGCCUCUCCUACUCACAAGACGGACAAUUCAUAGCAACCGGCGGCGACGACGGCAAGGUCAAACUCUGGAACGCGCAAACCGGGUUCUGUUUCGUCACCUUCACCGACCACGCAUCGGGCAUCAACGCGCUGGAGUUUGCGAAGCAGGGCCAGAUUGUCUUCUCCGCGUCGUCGGAUGGGACCAUCCGCGCGUUUGAUCUGAUUAGGUACAGGAACUUCCGGACGUUUACGACGCCCACGCCUGUGCAGUUUUCGUGUCUGGCGGUGGACCCGAGCGGGGAGGUUGUGUGUGCGGGGAGCUCGGAUACGUUUGAGAUCUUUGUGUGGUCGGUGCAGACGGGGAAGUUGCUGGAUAUCUAUACGGGACACGAAGGCCCCGUGUCGAGUCUGGCGUUUUCGCCGUCGGAGGGCACGCUGGCGUCCGCGUCGUGGGAUAAGAGCGUGCGGCUGUGGGAUGUGUUUGGGCGGGAUGUCCAGCAGGAAGGGUUCGAGCACCAGGCGGAGGUGUUGUCGAUCGCGUACCGCCCCGACGGCAAGGUGCUAGCGACCUCGACGCUGGAUGGGCAGAUCAUCUUCUGGAACGUGGCGCAGGCAAAACAGAUUGGGUCGAUUGAGGGCAGGAAGGAUAUAUCCGGCGGGCGCAAAUCGACGGAUCGGAUCACGUCUGCCAAUAACUCGGCGGACAAGCAUUUCACGUCCAUCUGCUUCACCGCGGACGGAACGGGGAUCCUCGCCGGCGGCAACUCCAAAUACGUCUGCAUCUACGACGCGCCGACAAAAGUGCUCCUGAAACGGUUCCAGAUCUCCCACAACCUGUCGAUGGACGGCAUGCAAGAGCUUCUGAAUUCCCGCAACAUGACCGAAGCCGGGCCCCGGGAUUUGAUUGACGACACGGGCGACGCCUCCGACCUUGAAGACCGCAUGGACACCUCCCUCCCGGGCGUGCAAAAAGGCGACGCAUCCCUCCGCAAAACGCGCCCGAUCGUCCGCACAAAAGGCGUCCGUUUCUCCCCCACCGGCCGCUCCUGGGCCGCCGCCUCAACCGAAGGUCUGAUCGUCUACUCCCUCGACGAACAGCUGCUGUUCGACCCCUUCGACCUCGAGAUGGACAUCACACCCGAAUCCAUCACCGAAGCAUUAACCGACACACAGUACCUCCGCGCCCUCGUCAUGUCCUUCCGGCUCGGGGAGCGACCCGUCACCCAAACAGUCUUCGACGCCGUCCCCGCCGACGACGUGACCCUCGUCGCCCGUGAAUUGCCGGUAAAGUACCUGGAACGCAUGCUGGGCUUUCUGGUGGCGUACAUGGACGUGAGCCCGCGCAUCCAGUUCUGUUUGAUGUGGGCGACGUCGCUGUUGAGGCACCAUGGGCGGUAUCUGAAGGACCGGAGGAACGAGUUUGCGGGGGUCGUGAGGGGGUUGCAGAAGGCGAUGGGGAGGAUGUAUGACGAGUUGAAUCAUGUGUAA